GCAGAGUGGAGCUUGCCGUCUGGCUUGUUCGACCGGUCGCUAGCUGCCCUAGCUGCGGCCCGCAGUUGUUGGAGGGAGUACAGUGCAGCUGGUAGCGCGGAGGCAGGACAUCCGCUCGCGACUCGACAUUUCCUUCUCUUGCGGUUUCACAAAGGGAAUAAUCGCAUCGAGUGAUUCCUCAGUCCUGGUAAAGGCACAGAAACCAAAUCUGGUGUCUUCACAUCGCUUUAUAAGGCUUGCGUGUCGUAAUAGAGAUUAUAUAUGUUCCUUACAGAAGGAAACUGAAAUUGUUCGUGGAAUUUUGUGCCAGAGGUUGGUUUUGUACCGUGAAACAUCUGAAAUCAGUAUUCAUGUGUCAGUGUUAUAUGAAUGAUAAAUCCUGUCUGAACUGAUGCGUGAUAUGACAUUAAAGUUGGUAAUAUUUGUAUCUGUACAGAAUGCUGUGAUAUAUAUGUUUAAAGUGUAGUUGUGGUUUUCGUUAAAAUAUGUGUUGUAUAUUUUAAUUAACACGUUUGAAACAAACAAAAAAAAAAAGACAGUCAUGUGACGUUUCGAACUUUAGAAUUCUGAGUGCGAAGUUUUUGAAAACAGGCAUUGUGCUGAACUAUUACAGUGAAAGUGACGAGCCAAAACAGUGAUUCUCCAUCACGAUAAGUGCCCCUUGUUUUCCUAAGAAGCGCCCAAACUUGUGUCUAAGCCGGUAUGGGGUGGCGGUAAAGGAGCACGUGGUUCUGUAACCAGUUUCCUGCGCCCUCCCGUAGUGUGUGUGACAUCUGGAGCGCUUGCGCCAAAGAAUCCCUCCCCCCUCUCUGUUUUUGCUACCCUUUUGUACCGAAUAAAGAAGGAAACAGUUCUGAAGCAUGUACUGGGGAAGGGAGUAGUGAAACAAACGUUUCACCUAAAACGAUUUAGAAAACGUCAUCAGUUGCGAAGGUUAAAGAAGAAACAGAAGUCAUUUUUACUAGCACGUGUGUAUUUCUACGAAAACAGAAUCGUGAUUUAGGUAAAUGGCCGGAAAGUGCAAAGGAAAAGUCCAUGUUCCAACCAGAUUCAGCGGGGUUGAAGGUGGUAAUGUAUUAGUUACGCGGAGUUACGUUCGUUUGUAUUUAAGUACCAAGAAUUUAUUUUAAGUUGAAAGAAAUUCAUGCAAAAUGGUUUUAUAAUAAUGGUAACAAUUGAAGAUCUCCGUUGAAACCACUGGCACAGUACGGCUCGCCUCCAAACGGGGAAGUCGUUUUGUCCGUGGUUAGUGUAAUGGACUCGUGUUUCCCUCCUCUGGCGGCCCUGAGCCUCAGGGACCAUCGCAAAUCAAACGGCCACCAGACCAAUAAUAACCGUCAGGGCCGCCCUGCCUCCGCGCAACAGCCGCCCGGGGAGGCCGACAGCUAUGGCAAGAUAGAGAUACUGCAGGACCUGGAUCUCUACUACAUCCGUCAAAUAGCCCACAAUCUCAAGGAAUAUGAUCUGGAGCAGAAGAUCGACCUGGAGAUUAAGAUGCGCGAGGGUACAACUAAACUACUGGCUGCUUGUCGACACCAGACGCAAACCUUGGAGGCUGCCAAGAACCUCCUCACUUCCAACGAGCGUAUGUCUGCCUACAUGGCGGAGCUGCAGAGGAGGAAGAAGGAGGCUCCUUCCAGAGGAUUAGGGUAUGGUUGUCAACCCUGUACGGCCCAAGUAUCGUUGUCUGACUUAAGGAUGCCGCUUAUCUGGAGGGACACAGAUCACUUCAAGAAUAAGGGUGAUUACCGCCGCUUUGCAGUCUUCUGUCUAGUACGAAUUGGGACUGAGAUUUAUGACACAACACUGCUCUGCCCCAUUGAUCGCUCGCUCACUGACCUCACCUUUCCUGAUGUACUCAUUUUCAAUCAGAUUCCUUCUGACUUUGAGUUCCGGCUGGAAGUGUACAGUCAUAUACUUCAGGAUGACAUGAGCAUAGCCAGUACACCCCGCAAGAUCAAGAAGACAAUCCACAGCUCAAUUAGUCGAACUGUUGGAAAGAAACUUGCCGCUUCCCUUCGUGAUGAACUCAACACUGGCAAGAUAGGUCCACACUUCGAACUGAUGGCUACAGCUCGAUUGUCGCUGGACGAAGUUCAUGACAGCAUUCAUACACAUGACAUGCAGGUAGAAAACUUAGAAAACCGCAGUCACCAACUGCCUUUGUUCGGGCACUUCUGCUGCCGCUUAGCUGCCCAGCCUGACUGUGUGUCACAGGAGAGCUGCUCAGGAGAUCUGACUGUGCUAGAUGGUGGCACAGGCAGGCAGUGGGUUUUCAUGUGGGGCCAACUGCAAGCCUUUCGUCUUGACUUGUGGGCCAAGCGCGAACACUGGGAACAAGGCCAAGACCCUGGUAGAUCCAUCACUGUGGACAGGGAAACUGUGAUACAGCCUAGUAAAACAGUAACUAAGGAAAUCAGAAUAUCUAACUUCUGUGAGGGUAAGGAAGAUAUUUCAGUGAUUAGAACAAAAACAACGGAUGAUCAGCAGAGGUGGUUAAGAUUUCUUGUUCAGCAUGCCAAGGAUCAUCUCAGGUGGAAGCAUGCAGCUGAAAAAAUUAUGGAAAUCCAAUCACCUGGUUCAGCAAGACAUUCCUUCACCCGACAGCUGCGCGGAGGAUCUCUCUAUGAUGAGACACCUCUGAUAGAAUCUGUAUCCACUGACUAUCAUCGACCAACAGUGCAGGAAAUAUUUGGAAUGACUCCAUCAACAAGUCUGAGCUCAUGUGCCUCCUCCUCUUCCUCACCUACAUUUCGAGAGCGUUCACAUAGCUCAGGGGGUAGCAACAAAGGAAGGCUGGCUGGAGGAACUGUUCGAACCCACUGGCCAUUUUCCCGGAGCAGCCAAGAUUGAACCAGUUGGUUCCUGCAUCAUUUAAUUACAUUUCAGGGGGGUUUGAUUGUGUUGCUGUUUGUAAUACCACACUGAGCACCAUGCAAGGAACUAAUAUGCUCAAAUGUUUAUUUAUCCCUAAUUUAAAAGCACUUGUAGUUUUCAAGCCGAAGUAUUUUGAGAAGUGUUCCAACUAUUGUACACGUGUUUUGUAUUUGGUUUUGGAAUUUAACAUAAUCUACUGGCGUGUGUAUUGUAUUUGUGUGGAUGUCAAGUGAUGGUAAGUGCUUAGAACUGAAUAAGACAAUUAAGGCAAUAGAUUGCUCUUAUAAAAUAAAGUUAAAAAAGACAACUGAAUCCAGAUUUGUGAUUUACUUGAUGUUUCUCAUUUUGAUAGGAAUGUAAAUUAAAUGUCUUUUUAUAUAAAUGUGUUUAAAUAAGUAUUUAAAUGUAUGCAAUGCAGAGAUAAUGCAACUAGUAAACUAAGAGAAACUGUAUUUAGUAUAACUAUAACCUGAUUGAAUGUUACUGGAAAUAUCCUUUUUUUUUUCUUUCUUUUGUCAUUAAUAUUAGCCAUUGCAUGUUAAAAGGAAUCUGUCUAAUUAAAAUUGUACUGGAAAUGCUAGUUCAUUGGACUUAUUGUGAUCUACAUUUAUAAGUGCAGUUUUGUUUUAGAGAUCAUUUUGGAAAUCUUACAGGUAUUAGUGUUCUGGUCAAAUGUGAGUGAUCAUGUGUACAUUCUGAAUAAGUGUAAAAAGAAUUUUUUCCUCCA